AAUGGCAUAUCAAUAGCCUUUUUACAUGGCAUCACCACAAAGACCCCAACCUCAGCCUUAAUCCUAUAUUCCACCACCCUAAGUAUAGGCAAGACCAUAAUACCCUCCUCAACCCUAAUAUCCACCUUCAAUACCAUAGGUACAUUUUGAAUUUAUUUUGAAUAAAUUGUAGGGAUAUCGUCCACCCCAACCAUACGGUUAUCCUCAACCUUAAAUAGUUAAAUAACCAUUACCACCUUAACCCCAAAGGAUCUCUUAUCCAUAACAACCAAUUGGAUAUCCACCAUAAUAACAACCACCUCAAACCUAUCCUCCCUAACAAGUAUAUCCAUAAGGUCCUAUCUAUACUCAGAGUCCUUAGAGACCAAAUCCAACACAACCAUAUCCAUAGCAACCUGUAAGAGUGUUAAUUUUAUCAUAGAAUGUUUAACAGUAUAGAUAACCAUAGCCUCCUUAGAGUCUGCCUCCAAGAUCUGUUCAAUCUUAAUAAUACCCACCAUAACAAUAUCAAUAACCAUAACAACAAGUAACUCGUCCAUAUGUUCAACCUUAACCAUAAGCUCCAGUCUAAUAAUUGGCUUAAGCUCCAAUUCAAAACAAAGUUGUUCAACCACCACCUUAACAAGUUCAAUAAUAGCCAAAAGCCUAAUCAGUACCAUAAUAUAGACCCCCUGAACAAUAAUAAUAGCCUUAAUAACAAUAAUAAUACAAACCAUAAUAGUUGUCAUAGAAAGAUGAAGAUUUAGAGAAGAAGUUUUAAGAUGCAAUAGAUAGAACAAGAGAUUUAGUUUAAAGAUACUAGAAUCCAUAAUAAAAUUAAUAUUAACCUUAAAAGUAAUAGCAAUAACCUCAACAACAGCCAUAAUAUGAAAAGUAAUGAAUUUUUUCUAUUUUAAUAGUCCUGAGAAUAAUGAUUAAGAUUAAUAACUUUAAGAUUUGGCUUUGUAAUAUGAAGAUGGUUACAUUUAUAGAGGAUAAGGUUAUGAACCAGCAACAAGAGAAGGUUUUGGAGUUCUAACUGAUUAAAAUGAUAAUGAAGUUUAUAGUGGAUAUUGGCAUGAAAAUUAAUAUCAUGGAUAAGGUAAGUUGAUCAAUUUCUAAGCUGAAUAAAUUGAUGGUCCAUUUGAUUAUUAAGAUCUUAGUGGCAUUGAUAACGGUUGGUUAGGUUAUGAGGGUAUAAAAUCUAUAUAAUAAAUAAGGUGAAUUCUUUGAAGGUAAAAUGCAUGGUUAAGGAACACUUUAGUUAACUAAUGGUGAAAAGUUUGAAGGUAAAUUUAAUGAUGGAAUGAUUGAUGGAGAAGGAGUAUAUACAGCAGCCAAUGGAUAAGUUAUUAGAGGAGUAUGGAAGGAAGGUAUCUUGGCAAGUUAUAUGUGAUCC